UAGAGCAAUAUGGCGGCUCACUGAAAACGGAUGGACUUCGUAAGCGUUUGGUUUUCGAAAUAUUAGGUCGGUACGACAUACCUUCACAGAUGGCUGGCGACUCAUCAGAAAAAAGAGACUUGGAGGGCUCAGGGGCCAGAGAGCGAAAGCGUAGUCGCUCACGUUCCCGGGACAGAGAUCGCAAAGGUUCCCCGGGGAAGGACCGCAAGCGGCAUCGAUCACGGGAACGGAAACGCUCCCGCAGUCGUUCCAAAUCUGCAGAAAGAGAUCGCCGUCAGAAAGACAAAGAGAGAGACAGAGAGAAGGACCGGGACAGAAGCCGCAAGGACCGGGACAGAGACAAGGAUAGCCACAGACGAGAUAAAGACCGUAGUAGGAAAUCCAGGAGCACUUCUCCUAAGUCCAGGGAUGCGAAACUGAAGAGAGAAAAAGAUGUGAAGAAAGAGGAAGAUGAUGAGGAAGACAAGAAGAAGGAGAAGGUGCAGCCUCUCUCUCUCGAGGAGCUUCUGGCUAAGAAGAAAGCCGAGGAAGAGGCCGAGGCCAAGCCGAAGUUCCUGUCCAAGGCUGAGCGGGAGGCAGAGGCUCUGAAGCGCCGGGAGCUGGUGGCAGAGGAACGCCGCCGGCAGAUUGACGAUGAGAGGAGGAAGAGGAGGGUUUUCCAGGACAUUGGGAGGAAGAUGUUGGAGGACCCUCAGGAGAGAGAGCGGCGUGAACGCAGGGAGCGCAUGGAACGGGAGAACAAUGGCAACGAGGAUGACGAGGGGCGGCAGAAGAUAAGAGAGGAGAAAGACAAAAGCAAAGAGCUCCACGCCAUCAAAGAGCGUUAUCUAGGUGGGGUGAAGAAGAGGCGUCGCACGAGGCACCUGAACGACCGGAAGUUCGUGUUCGAGUGGGACGCGUCCGAGGACACGUCCAUCGAUUACAACCCGCUGUAUAAAGAGAAACAUCAGGUACAGCUGUAUGGGCGAGGUUUCAUUGCAGGCAUCGACCUCAAGCAGCAAAAAAGAGACCAGUCUCGUUUCUAUGGUGACCUCAUGGAGAAGAGGCGCACUAUGGAGGAAAAGGAGCAAGAAGAGCAGCGUCUGAAGAAGAUGCGGAAGAAGGAGGCCAAGCAGCGGUGGGACGAUCGGCACUGGUCCCAGAAGAAGCUGGACGAGAUGACGGACAGGGACUGGCGCAUCUUUCGCGAGGACUACAGCAUCACCACCAAGGGCGGCAAGAUACCCAACCCCAUCCGCAACUGGAAGGAGUACGACCUGCCCGCCCACAUCCUGGAGGUCAUCGACAAGUGUGGUUACAAGGACCCAACACCCAUCCAGAGACAGGCCAUUCCUAUUGGCUUGCAGAACCGUGACAUCAUUGGCGUGGCCGAAACCGGUAGCGGUAAAACUGCUGCCUUCCUCAUUCCCUUGUUGGUAUGGAUCACCACACUUCCAAAGAUUGACAGGCUUGAGGACUCUGAUCAGGGCCCAUAUGCUGUGAUCUUGGCCCCAACCCGUGAAUUAGCCCAGCAGAUCGAAGAGGAGACCAUCAAGUUUGGCAAACCUCUGGGCAUCCGCACAGUGGCUGUGAUUGGUGGAAUCUCCAGAGAGGACCAGGGUUUCAGACUCCGGAUGGGCUGUGAGAUCGUGAUCGCCACACCCGGUCGUCUGAUCGACGUGCUUGAGAACCGCUACCUGGUGCUCAGCAGGUGCACGUACGUGGUACUGGACGAGGCUGACAGGAUGAUUGACAUGGGCUUCGAACCCGACGUUCAGAAGAUUCUGGAACACAUUCCUGUGACCAAUCAGAAACCAGACACAGACGAAGCGGAGGAUCCAGAGAAGAUGACGUUGAACUUUGAGUCUGGCAAGCACAAGUACAGACAGACGGUCAUGUUCACAGCUACCAUGCCUCCUGCCGUGGAACGACUGGCCAGAAGCUACCUGCGGCGCCCUGCGGUGGUGUACAUCGGCUCUGCGGGCAAACCGCACGAGAGGGUGGAACAGAAGGUCAUCCUCAUGUCAGAGGGCGAGAAGAGGAAGAAGCUUCUGGAAGUCCUCUCGCACGGCUUCGAGCCGCCCAUCAUCAUCUUCGUCAACCAGAAGAAGGGCUGCGACGUGUUGGCCAAGUCUUUGGAGAAGAUGGGGUACAACGCUUGCACACUGCACGGUGGAAAAGGACAGGAGCAGAGAGAGUUUGCCCUUUCCAACCUGAAGGCGGGCGCCAAAGACAUCCUGGUGGCCACGGAUGUGGCUGGCAGAGGUAUCGACAUCCAGGAUGUCUCCAUGGUUGUCAACUACGACAUGGCCAAGAACAUCGAGGACUACAUCCAUCGCAUUGGCCGUACGGGUCGUGCCGGGAAGAGCGGCGUGGCAAUGACCUUCCUCACCAAAGAGGACUCGUCGGUGUUCUACGACCUGAAGCAGGCCAUCUUGGAGAGCCCCGUGUCCACGUGCCCCCCCGAGCUGACCAACCAUCCGGACGCCCAGCACAAGCCCGGCACGAUCCUCACCAAGAAGAGGCGCGAGGAGACCAUCUUCGCCUGAGCGUCUGCGCUGGACGGGUGCAUCUCAGUCUCCGGCUGGUCUGGCACUUUUCAUCCAGCUUGCAUUUCUCAGCACUGGGCUUUUAUAUGCUGUUGUGCGAGAAUGCCCUCAUCCAUAAAUUCGAUAUGGACAGUAGUACAAACCAAAGUGUGAUGUGGUUGAGGUUUUUUUUGGGUUUUUUUAAACAAAUGUGACAUUUUUCAAUUGUGUAAAAAUAUGGACAGGCCAGCGUGCUUAAGUAAAUGUGGGUAAUCUUUUUCAUUUGCCAGCUAAACUUAAGAUCCUACGGCUCUUAAUGUUUAAAUAUGUUUAUGGAUUAGCAAUAAAGCGCAUUAGGCUGAGCUGAUCGUUCUUUUCGCAAACUGUAAAAAUAAAUGGCAUAAGUGGAGAAUGUUGACAUGCAAACAACAAUCGAAAACAAAGCCACAGCAAAAAAUAAAAGUACAUUGUUUAUUAUAAUUAUUAGCAUUUUUAGAUUCAUUUAAAUAGAAAGCAUUCUAUACAGCAUCAAGCAGUGUGUUGUCUUCAGAAAGAUUGGCAAGGGGUCACUGUAGUGUUUGAUGGGGUCAUAACUAGUGCAUUUAUUGCAUUACAAAGCAGACAAAUUUUAUAUAUAAUGUGUUUUAAAUUAUUCUUUUCUAUCUACAUAGAAAAGGAAGUUGUGAUGUUCUAAGGCGGUAUCUUUCCACAGUUGUAUUGCAUACAGAAUAGAAGACGAAAGAAAUUGGUUGAAUUAUACCCACUGUAAAAGUUGUGCUUCUUAUACCCCAAAAGAAGAAAAAUAAACUACUGUAUUGUA